CGAACCAAAACGAAUGGUGCGUUUCGGACAUGUCCGCACAUGCCUAUAAUGUCACAAAAACCAACAUUUUAUACUAAUAAAUAAAAACAAAAAAUCCUCCAUUUUUCUAUCUCCUUCGUCUUCCUCCCCUUUUUUUUCUAAAUUUUUUUUGCAGAAAACAACUCAUACAGAAAUAAAGCCAAAGGCAACGGUAAAUGGACGUUUUGAAGGAGGAUUUAAAAUAAGAGGAAAUGGAUUAACGGACAAUGGAGGAGUAAAUGUAAAUUUGGGAAGCUAUAUUUUGUUUUUUGGAAUUAAUAAGGAGGUAAUUUUUUCUAUCCGAUUUGGAAGGGGACCGAACAAUGUUGUCCAAGGGUGAACAUCAAACGGUCCCAUUGUCUGUAUUGCUGAAAAGGGAAUUGGCCAAUGAGAAGAUUGAAAUGCCCGAGAUUUGUCACGGUCAAGCUAGUCAGAGCAAGAAAGGGGAAGACUUCACCUUCCUCAAGACCGAAUGCCAGCGGGUUUUGGGAGAUGGAGUUACUACCUUUUCUGUUUUUGGGUUAUUUGAUGGGCACAAUGGGUCGGCAGCUGCUAUAUAUUCUAAAGAGAAUCUCUUGCAGAAUGUCUUGAGUGCUAUUCCCUCAGACCUCAACAGAGAUGAGUGGGUUGCAGCAUUGCCUAGGGCUUUGGUUGCAGGAUUCGUCAAGACAGACAAAGAAUUCCAAGAAAAAGCACAGAAAUCAGGGACAACAGUCACCUUCGUUAUAAUUGAAGGAUGGGUUGUAACAGUUGCAUCAGUUGGCGAUUCUCGAUGUAUAUUAGAAUCUGCUGAAGGGGGAAUUUAUUAUCUAUCAGCUGAUCAUAGACUAGAGUGCAAUGAAGAGGAGAGGGAACGCAUAACAGCAAGUGGUGGAGAGGUUGGUCGGCUUAAUACUGGCGGUGGAACACAGAUUGGUCCUUUGAGAUGUUGGCCUGGUGGGUUAUGCCUCUCUCGAUCCAUUGGAGAUAUGGAUGUUGGCGAGUUCAUUGUUCCUGUACCGUAUGUAAAGCAAGUAAAGCUAUCUUCAGCAGGUGGAAGGCUUGUAAUAGCAAGUGAUGGUGUCUGGGAUGCUUUGUCUGCAGAAAUGGCUGUAGAAUGUUGUCGUGGAAUGCCUCCGGAUGCUGCAGCUUCUCAAAUUGUUAAGGAAGCCGUGCAGCCAAAAGGGAUUCGAGAUGACACUACCUGUAUUGUGGUUGAUAUACAGCCCCCAGAAAAGCCAAAUCCUCCCCAGCCACCACCCAAAAAGUCAGGGAAGAAAGUGUUUAAGUCUAUAUUUCGCAAAAUAACAUCCGAGUCAUCUUCUAAUACUGAGAGAGAUUAUGAUGAACCAGAUGUUGUGGAAGAACUAUUUGAGGAAGGAUCUGCAUCACUUUCUGACAGGUUAGAUGCUAAGUAUCCAGUUUGCAACAUGUUUAAGUUAUUCAUGUGUGCUGUCUGUCAAGUAGAGAUAAAACCUGGAGAGGGUAUUUCAAUACAUGCUGGCUCUUUGAAUACAAGAAACGUUCGUCCAUGGGAUGGCCCUUUCCUUUGCUCAAGCUGCCAAGUGAAGAAAGAAGCCAUGGAAGGAAAAAGACCUUCCGGAAAUGGAAGAUAUAAUAGUGACAGCGACUAGUUAACCCCAAAAUGCAACUACUAACAAUUGCUUCACCCAUGAUUAUAGUUUGGAGUUCCACCGUCAUUAACAAAACAUUCCGUCUGUUUCAGUAAACAAAAUAUAUAAUUGCUUCUGUGGCAUCUCAAACACAAGCGUCAACCGUUCUGGUUUGCCUCUUUUAGGUUGAAAGACGGAGAGAGACAACUACCCGAGUAUACCACAGAGACAUGUUCUGAAAAAGUUCACAUUUCAAGUACACCUGGCCCCAUCAUGAAGUGUUAAGACUAUGGAAACUUAAGACCAUAUGUAAAGCAUAUCAGAGGUAGUUUCUCUCUGAUUGCCAUCACUGCUAUAACACUGAUUCUUUUUAUUGUGUAGAAUUAAUAGUGAGUGAACGGCAUUGUUCAGUGUAACUUUAUUAGCUAGGAAGAUUGAUCAGGAUUGUUAGGUUGUUUUUCUUUAUCCUUUUUACCUCCCUUGUUCUCCCCACUUGCUAAAGUUUGCUGAUCACCCUGAUAAAUUGGUUCUUGUAUAAUUCCUUUCUUCUUAAACCAAGAAGGGGUAACCAUUCAAAUCAGAUUAUUCUUUCAAGUCCAUUCUUUUUGGGCCUUUUAAACAAAGACAUGGAAUCUCUGUAUUUU